ACAAAUAAAAAGGUAAAAAAGUACAAAAGAAAAAAAGAAGAAAAAGAAAAAUCAGUGCUCUGAGUUUGAGGGUUCUUUCAAUGGCCAUUGCAGGAAAAGCUUGUACACUUACCAUUCUUAUCAUCUUGUGCUUUGCAUUGGCCUACUGUGAGGCUUAUGCCAAGGGUGUGGUCCGUGGAGUUCCCGAUACAUUCCGUGGUUCUAAUUUAGCUCGGCAUGACGUUCUUGCUCCUGGUGAGAAAGUUUUUAAUGUAUUACAAUUUGGAGCCAAGUCUAAUGGAAGGAAAGACAAUACCCAGGCUUUCAUCCAAGCAUGGCGUGCCGCAUGCGACUUCAAGGGACCAUCAAGGCUUCUCAUUCCCGGAGGGAGUUUCUUAAUAUCUCAGGUUGUGUUUGGAGGGCCAUGCGGUGGCACAACUCCCAAAGUUGUUCAAAUUCUUGGGACCCUGAAAGGAUCAACUGAUAUCAGUGAAUAUCCUGAAGCUUAUUGGAUCGUGUUCGAAUCCAUAGUUGGCUUGGUUGUUACAGGUUCUGGAAAAGGCAUUCUUGAUGGUCAGGGUGAUUCUGUUUGGAAAUACAAUGACUGUAGCCAUAGUAGCGAUUGCCAGCCACUCCCCGCUAACUUAAGACUCAACAAGGUCACAAAUGGAGUUAUAAGAGGCCUCACUUCCCUUAACAGUAAAGGGGUUCACGUGUUCAUCACUAACUGCGAGAUCAUAAGGGCACGCAACCUUCACAUAAAUGCCCCCGCAGAUAGCCCGAACACUGAUGGCAUUCAUGUUAGCCAUUCCAACGAUGUGAGAAUAGCCAAAUCUACCAUUCGCACUGGUGAUGAUUGCAUCUCUAUUAUCCAGGGAGCCACCAACAUUCGCAUCAACAAAGUAACCUGUGGCCCUGGACAUGGCAUUAGUGUGGGUAGCCUUGGCAAGUACGAAAACGAGGAGGAUGUGAAAGGCAUCACUGUGAAAAAUUGCACGAUGGUUGGCACAGAAAAUGGAAUUAGAAUCAAAACAUAUCCAGGAUCGAAAGAGAGUUCAGCAUCGUCCAUGCUUUUCCAGGACAUCAUCAUGAACAAUGUUAAGAACCCCAUUAUCAUAGACCAAGGCUACUGCCCAAAAUCAAAGUGCAGCAACAAAGCGCCAUCGAGCGUAAGGCUCAGUGACAUUCAUUACAUAAACAUUAGGGGAACCUCAAGCACGCCAAAUGCAGUAGAGCUCUUUUGCAGCUCGCAGUAUCCUUGCCAAAAUGUUCAGUUGUAUGACAUAGAUUUGAAGUCGCAGCAGAGGGGGCCGACUGCCGCUUCGUGCACAAAUGCAAAAGUACGGUUUGGUGGAACAAUGAACCCACCACCUUGCAAAUAGGUGCCUAGCAGAGUUGAAAUUACACCUCCAGCCCCUUUGACUCUAUAAAAGUAUCAUUUUGUAUUAGUAUAUAAUGAAGGUCAAUUGGGUAUAAUAUCCCCAUACACUACAUAUAUGGACCUCAGAAUGAAAAUCGAAAUCGAGAAAAUAUUCUUAUUUUUGUAGCCUGGUUGUAUAAGGAAUUAAUCAACUUAUUAACCAUGAGCUCGGAACAAGUUUGAAAUUUUUAUCUGAUAUAGACCUCAAUUCCGAAAUGGAGGAUUAGAUUUUAA